UUUGCUUAUGCCACGCCCCCGCCUGGCUAGUCAGUCAUUAGCUUGAGCUGUUUAUCUCGGGGGCGUGCGUGGAGCUGCCCUCUGCCAUGCCCCCGUGCCGGCAGUGUUGUAAACACCAGACUGCUUGUUCUCGCUUCCCACUGGCUCUACUUGACCGGGGAUACCCUCUCCGCACUCUGCGAAUCACCCACCAUUUUCGUUCUUGUUAUGGUGCCCCAAAUGAGGCUUGAGAUUCAGGAUGACGGCUGCAGCAGUGACUGUUUCCUUUAUCGUUUCUUGCAGGAAAUUCUGAUGCGAGUUCGCAAGCUUGUGCUGUUCUUUCUUGGGCUGUCCUCUCCGUCAGCUGAUUAAGGAAGCCUGGUCCAUGAGGUGCGAUUUCUGUGUGGAUCCAUCCUUGCUCGAAUGGCGAGGUCGGUGUAAGGAGGAGGAGGGGGUUUGUGGCCCUCGUCUAUGCGCCGUGCCGUGCCGGGGUGUCUGCGUCGAGCCCUUUUGAUCAGACGUCGGCCCCUGCUGGAUCCACGCCUCUCCUCUCUGGCCUGUUGCGCCAAGAGCCUGGACGACGAGGAGGAACCCAGUCAGUGCUCUGUUGGCAAUGAGGAUAGGCACGAGCGUUUUCAUCCCGUGAUCGCACGAGCAGUCCGGACAUCGAGCUGGGGUUAUGCCAGGAAGAUCAGCUUCGGGGAUUGUGUCAGGCUGUAUGGGCUACCCCGGUCGAUCGGGCUGUUUGCGUUGCUUAUGCGGUCGUUCUUGCCACGGAGGAUUAGAGAUGUCCGGUGCCUGAUUCAGAGCGUCGUCGACCACUGCGGGAAUGCCGGGCCGGAGUUGUUUGAGUUGGUGCCUAUGUUGGCUAGCAAUUUGGGUGGGUCGAUGACGUUGCCACAAGUUUAUGCCACAGUCAUCCGGGUUUUUGUGGAGCUGUCGAUGUUUGAGGAUGCUCUCGUCACUUACGUCGAGGCCAAGAAGGUGGGAGUUGAGUUGCAGGUGUGCAACUUCUUGCUCAAGCGCUUGGUUGAGGGGAACCAGAUCAUGUAUGCGAGGAGUUUGUUUGAUGAUAUGAAGAGCUCUGGUCCUUCACCAAAUGUCUACUCUUAUUCAGUUUUGAUGAGUAUGUAUACACAUGGAGCUAAGUUAUGCCUGGAGGAAGCUUUGGAGCUUCUUUCUGAAAUGGAAGUGGAAGGUGUCAGGCCAAAUGCUGCAACCUAUGCUACUUACCUCUAUGGGCUUUGCCAUGCCAAACAGGUGAAGUCUGCAUGGAACUUCCUUCAAAUGCUGUGUCAGAGAGGCUACCCUUGCAACAACUAUUGUUUCAAUGCAGUUAUUCAUGGUUUCUGCCAUGACGGUCAGGUUCACAAGGCCAUAGAAGUGUUUGAUGGGAUGAAGAAGUGUGGGUUUGUCCCAGAUGUUCACAGCUACAGCAUAUUAGUUGAUGGCUUAUGCAAGCAAGGGGAUGUUUUGACAGGCUAUUACAUGCUCGUUGAGAUGGCAAGGAAUGGGAUCACUCCUAAUCUGGUGAGUUAUAGUUCGCUUUUGCAUGGUCUUUGCAGAGCUGGAAGGGUUGAAUUGGCGUUUGAGCUUUUUAAGAGGCUGAAAGAUCAAGGAUUCAAGCAUGACCACAUAGUUUACAGCAUCGUUCUUCAUGGUUGUUGUCAACAUCUAGAUCUAGAGAUUUGCUAUGACCUUUGGAAUGACAUGGUUCAUCAUAAUUUUGUUCCAGAUGCGUACAAUUACAGCAGUCUGAUAUAUGCAUACUGCAGGCAUAGGCAACUGAAAGAAGCAUUGGAGGUGUUUGAGCUCAUGGUCAGUGAUGGGAUAUGCCCCAACGUUGUGACCUGCACAAUUCUUGUUCACGGCUUCAGCAACGAAGGGCUGAUUGGUGAGGCCUUCCUGUUCCUGGAUAAAGUACGCCAGUUUGGGGUUGUCCCCAGCCUCUGUACAUACAGGGUUAUCAUCCACGGCCUGUGCAAGGUCAAUAAACCUAAUGACAUGUGGGGUAUUUUCGCAGACAUGAUAAAAAGGGGCUACGUUCCUGAUACUGUGCUAUACAGCAUUAUCAUCGAUGGUUUUGUGAAAGCUUUGGAUCUGCAGGAGGCUUUCAGGUUGUAUUAUAAAAUGGUCGAUGAGGGGACAAAGCCUAAUAUCUUCACAUAUACCAGCCUCAUAAAUGGUUUGUGCCAUGAUGACAAACUUCCUGAGGUUAUGACGCUGUUUAAGCAUAUGAUUGGGGAGGGGCUGGCACCGGACAGGAUCCUGUACACGUCUCUGAUCGCGUGCUAUUGCAAGCGCUCAAACAUGAAGGCCGCUCUGGAGAUCUUUAGAGAGAUGGAAACAGAGGGUUUGUCAGCAGAUUCUUUCGUCUACACCUGUUUAAUUGGUGGCUUCAGUAAAGUGCUUGCGAUGGAUGGUGCACAGUUGUUUAUGGAAGAAAUGAUGAACAAGGGGCUUACGCCUACAGUAGUAACUUAUACAGAUCUCAUAGUUGGAUACUUCAAAAUCGGGGAUGAGAAAAAAGCUAUGGCGAUGUACAACAGUAUGCUGCAGGCAGGCAUUGCACCGGAUGCCAAGCUGAGCUGCAUAUUGGGCCUUGGUAACGAUGGCCAUGAUUUUGGUGAUUCUCAGGAAGAAAAGGAUGUAUCGUAGUCAUAGGUUAUCACAGAGCUACGGUAACCUGGUCAACAGAACCAUUCCAUCUGUUCCCUUUGCUUCCGUUGCCAUUGUUUGAACAAGGGAGGGAAAGAAAUAGGUCAAAAUUUUCACUUUGACGAUGGAGCGGUCUGCCCUCACAGAUAUUCAAUACCUGGACGGUGUGAUAGAUAAUUACAGGCAACAAGUUUAUGAUUGAUUUUGACAAUUUUCUGUUCAAGGCUAGGUGUUCUGCUGGAAAAACCAAAGCUAUUUUUUGUACUGUUGGAAGAUACUCCUCAAGUUAGAUGAAGAGGGUGCAAACAAAGCUUCUGUCGUGUGAAACAAGCUUUUUGGCUCAGCAGACUUCCAGUCAUAUAGCUCUUUAACUGCGGAUACAGAAAAUUCAGUUAUUGUGCAGGUUUCAGAAUGUGAAGAUGCCGAGACAGAUAACUGAAGCUUCAGAUACCACCCUUCUGUUGAAAUGCUUCAGCCCGUGGAUGGAUUGAUUAAAGCAAGUAACCAGAUGAGAAGGUGCGUUAGCUGGGGCUAUCCAUGUCGGGUCGCUCAUGAGGAGAAGAGGGAGGGAGGAGCAUCAAGGAAGCUUUGUCCUGCUCCCAUACCAAGGAAGCCACGCCCACACCAACACAUACAAAUAUUUUUCCUCCCAACCCAUCCAACCUGCUCGUCUCUCGCCCAGCGGGGACCGUGGUUGCCACUUGUUACGCCACCGUUUCCUAGAACCCUCAACGACCAGAUGGCUGGUUCAGGUUCAUCUCAACUUGCAAGUUCAUCACUUAAGAGGAAGUCGGAUGACAUGGCUUGGGAGUUUGCCGAGUUGAUUGAUCCUAGUGAUCCGCAAAGGCUAAAGUGCAAGCUUUGUGGAAAAAUUAUGUCGGGAGGGGUCACUAGGAUGAAGGAGCACAUUGGGCAGAUCAAAGGCGCUGUGACCAGCUGUAUGCAAGCUACACAAGAUUAGAUUACUCGAGCUUUUGCAUCACACAAGGCACCAAG